AUGACGAAGGGAAAGAAGACCAAGAGUCAACCCAACUCGGCUAAAACCUCCGGUGCCGAUAAUCCAACCGUAGCAGCCUCCGACCCUCACAAAAUUCCACCACAAACGUCAUUUCCAAACUUAACUCAAAUGCCUAGCGAUCAAUCGAAGCCUGAAUUGACGAACGCUCACUGGUUGAAAGUUCAAACAUUAGAUGAUGACCUCAAGAUUGUAUUCUUAGUGCCUGGUGUAGACAUAACCUCAGCUGGUGUCACUUGCCUCAAGCUCUAUCGUAUAUUAAUACACUUCAACCCAAAAUCGAGCUCACGUCCAAGUCACCGCAAGGACAAACUAUGGGCCGAAUUCGCUAAGGACGUUGUACCCAUUUUGAUGCCUCACAUGUUACCUCCACCCCCUGCCCCAAUGCAGACUGAGACAUCAUUUUCCGACUUCAAUCCCCUCAGCCGAAAAACCACUCGACCACAGCUUAUCAGCGCAGUCCGUACAGUCAAUACGAUCAUCUACAUUCCGACCAGUUGUACCCGUGAUAGCUUAUUAGUCUUAUACAAGGCAUUUAUCGACAAAGAUCUUCCACUACCGUGGCUAACUGAAUUCAUCAAAUCACCGAACAUUGUGAAACAAGAUAGAGUAAAGGAUUUAUGCAUGGAAGAGUUGAGAAUGACCUUGCAAGAACAUGCGCCACAUGUCUUCAUUCACCUACCACCAAUGAAUGAUAUCACUAUUCUCUUUUUCGACGCUCAGCAGAUGCUUGACUGUAGUCUCUAA